GAAAUAGGCUACGGAAAGGAAGGAAAGGGACCUGGCCCGUCUCGUCCAACCUUGCCACCUUGCGACCCGACCCGAGCCAAGGAUGAUGGUGCUCGCUCUCAAAAAGGCUUAGAACGAUCGCUGUGGAAGGUGAUAGAAGAUUAGGACAGCAGGUGUCGCGCGCAGGGCUGUGUUUCUCCUCCUCCGCCUCGAUGACGACCAUCCGCAGGUUCUGCUGCAACGACCUCCUCCGCUUCGCCCCCGUCAAUUUCGACCACCUUACUGAAACCUUCAAUAUGUCGUUCUACAUGACUUAUCUGGCUCGAUGGCCCGACUAUUUUCAUGUUGCCGAGGGCCCUGGCAAUCGUAUCAUGGGAUACAUUAUGGGUAAAGUUGAAGGGCAAGGUGAAUCUUGGCAUGGUCAUGUGACUGCAGUAACUGUUGCUUCAGAGUAUCGGAGGCAGCAAUUAGCAAAGAAACUCAUGCACUUACUGGAGGACAUCAGUGAAAAGGAUAAGGCUUACUUUGUGGAUCUCUUUGUAAGGGCAUCCAACAUGCCAGCCAUAAAAAUGUAUGAAAAGCUUGGCUAUGUCAUCUACCGACGGGUUCUGCGUUACUACUCUGGGGAAGAAGAUGGUCUUGAUAUGAGGAAAGCAUUAUCGCAGGAUGUUGAGAAGAAGUCUGUCAUACCAUUUAAAAGGCCGAUUACACCUGAUGAACUUGAAUAUGAUUGACUAAGGUGCCUUCAUUAUUGCUUCCACAUAAUGGGAAGCGAUGCAUUUUGCAUGUAUUUUUACAUAUUGGGUAUAAACAAAAAGCCUUUGUACUAUGACAAAUGGAGGGUGAUCAAUAUGAAUCUGACACAUCAAAGAACCCAAGAGCCAUAGUUUACGUAUGCAUCAAUCAUUAGAGGGCAUCUAAGUUUGUUUAUCAUGUUUGAUCUGGUAGAAGAUGGGUGGAGAAGAAUACCUCGAGUUGACAGGCUAUUGGAAACACAAAACUUUGAAUCCUUCUCUCUAUGGUGUUGCUGUCUCGAUAUUAGAUCUCAUAUUAGUAUCAUCUUAUUAUGUG